AUGACUCUCGAAGCCCUUCUCGAUCGCCAGCAUGAACUUUUCGGCCUCAUCGCUCGCGCUUGCGAGAACCUACAAAAGCUCGGUCCUUCGAAGACCACCCGUGGUGCGGUGCAAAGUCGUCUAACAAUUUUAAAGGCAAAUUGGGAAAAAUUCCAGGCUCAACACGAAAAUCUAUACAAGCUGAAAUCGUCAGAAUUAAAGAAGCUGGACUACAUUGUCGAUAAAAUCUACGAGCAAUGCGAAGAGAAAUUUGCCGAAGCGCAAGGCACUAUGCUCACUAUCCUCGACAGUUUUGCACCACCUCAACAGAAUACAUCAGCCGAAAUUUCUAUGAACUCAUCGUCCGCAUCACAUUCUCGACGUUUGCCUCGCAUCGAUUUACCAAAAUUCAACGGCGAAUAUUCACAGUGGAAUCAUUUCCGAGAUCUCUUUGCUUCUAUGAUCAACGCGAAUACCGAUCUCUCUGCAGUCGAAAAGCUUCAUUAUUUAAAGAUGAGCCUAUCGGAUGAACCGGCUACUCUCUUGAAAGGCGUUGAGAUAUCAAGUGAAGGAUUCAAUCGCGCAUGGGAUACUCUUAUUGACCGUUACGACAACAAGCGUAUCCUGAUAGAGGCUCAGCUCUCCGCUCUGUUUUCGAUUCGCAAGGCGAAAUCCGAAUGUGCAUCGGAAGUGAAACGCCUUCUCUGCGAAUUGAAGGAAGCAAUCGGAGCCCUCGCUACAUUGGGCUGCCCGGUUCAUCACUGGGACAUCAUUCUCAUCUUUAUGACAGUGCGCAAACUAGAUGUCGAAUCUGUUAAGGAGUGGGAAAAAUCACUCGGAGCCACCUCGCAACCACCAUCGUUCGCCGACUUCGAGAAAUUUCUUCUCGGUCGUAUUCUCACUCUCGAAGCCUUCGAACGAACAACGAAUUCUCGGAAACAAAACAUAAAAUCAUGCCGCUCAACAAAACGCUGUCGUCUCUGCCACAAGCAACAUCACUCCACGUUACAUUAUCAAGCCGGUAACGCAGCGAUCGGUGCAUCAGCUGCACACUCAGACUCGUCGACGCCUGUCGUCAAGGCAAUCACAUCGUCUCCGCCGGCAAUUCAUACUGCAGGUAUUCCGCCACACGAAUCUGUUGCUCCUCUACGGAAUACCGAGCAAAUCUCAAACUCCGUGACAUCAAGUCACGUCGCUCAAUCGCGGAUAAUCCGUCGCACUCCGGUUCUAUUAGCCACAGCUCUCGUAAACGUAGUGUCAUCAACCGGAGAUAUCUAUCAAGUGCGCGCUCUUAUCGAUCAAGGAUCGGAAGUCUCGUUUGUCUCGGAAUCGGUCGCCCAAUUAUUAAAACUCUCGCGUCAAGCGGCGGCUAUUCCGAUUCUCGGCAUCGGAGCUCAUCGCUCAAGCAUAUCAAACGGACUCGUCUGUCUCAAAGUGAUAUCUCAAGUGCAUAAAGACAGUUCUCUCGAAGUCGAUGCUCUCGUACUGCCGAAAUUAACGUCCUAUCUGCCUCCCGCGCGUGUCGAAUAUACUCAGUGGCCGCACAUACAAGGUCUUGAGCUCGCGGAUCCAAACUUCGCCACGCCCGAAAAAAUCGAUCUCAUACUAAGUGUAACGGUGCACGCUCAAAUACUCAAAGACGGUAUUCGUCGAGGAAAUAUCGGCGAACCCAUCGCUCAAGAAACGACUCUCGGAUGGGUGCUAUCAGGGCCCCUCUCAAAUGAUAAUCAGAAGACCAACGCCAUGGAAAACAACUCCGUCAUCGGUCUUCAGUGCUCUCUCGACUCUGAGCUCCUGGAGCUCCUUCAACGCUUCUGGACACAAGAAGAAAUCGCGCCUGCCUCUCAAAUCUCAAUGUCUCCAGAAGAAUCUCAGUGCGAAGAACAUUUCAACAUGACUCAUUCUCGCGACGUCAACGGACGAUUUGUUGUACGCUUGCCUCUCAAGAAGAGUGUUAGUGAAUUUGGUGACUCUCGCUCUAUCGCACUCAAGGCGUUGUAUCGCAUGGAAAAACGAUUCGAAACGAAUCCAUCGCUCAAAAUCCAGUAUAUCGACUUUUUACGUGAGUAUCGUUCUCUCGAUCACAUGCGUCCCGUCGCAUCAAACCGCGCCCAAUCUCGCGAGUUUUUUUCUACCGCAUCACGGUGUUACGCGUGA